AUGAACAAGAACAAGGAGUUGAUUGGGCGUGCAUACCAGCCUUCGAGGAAGCUCGGCUGCCUCCUCGGCGGCGGCGCGGCGUACUGCGGCGGCGCCAUCACCGGCGGGCCCUGGUUCAAGCAGCAAGAUGGUGUUUCUACAUUGGAUAUAAUGAUACGAAAAAGUCUUUACUGGCCCGAUGGAAAAUGUAUGCGUUCAAAAUCAUGUGCGAUGCAGAGAAACAAUGAUCAAAUGUGCCGAUUGGUUCAAGCCUUGGUGGACAAGUAUAACGAGGAUCACCAUCUUUUGGUGGAUCUCGUAUAUGAAGUCAAAGACGUUUUGAGCUGCAACCCAAUUUCUGAGGAUGGCUCAUGUUACUAUCAUCUCAAUUUCAUUGCAAAUUCUAAAGCAAUAGAUGAUUCAGACAACAGCAUCAGCAAUAUAUUCUUUGCGGAAGCGAAACAUUUGAAUCGAGGUAGACAUAGUGAAGUGUUUGUCUGCUGUUUCUGCAAAGUUAAUCCAAUUGAUAAAGGUCAACACUGCAAUGGUUGCACCAUCCUUGGAGAGAUUGAUAUGAAGCACCCUGAUAGUUCUGCGGAGUUAGCUGCUGGCCACUUGGAUCCACAUACUCAGUUUGGUGGACAAAUGGAAGCCAUAAAAGAUCAUUGGAUCGAGUCCGAAGAUGCUGAGCUGAGAAAGAUGUACAAGGGCAUUGACGAUCCACGCGUUAUCGAGAGACUAUUCACGCUCCCUCCGGGGGUAACAAUUGUGCGAGACUGA